AUGACCAAGGUGUUUGUGGACUGGAUCGCCUUGGAAACACCCGGCCGAGUCUCAGGCAUCAUGGCCAGCUCGUUGUCGCCUUUGGAACCAAGUCACGGCGGCGAGGAUUGGCUCAGCGAUCUAUCGACGCAAGUGCGAUGCAAUGGCUGUGGCGCGUGGCUACCGUUGCCAUCCAAUGAAGCGGCAUGUCCAUCGUCGCGAUCUCAAAAAGAAGAGAGAGCUGAAGCCGUGGUGCUGGUACUGCGAUCGCGAGUUUGAGGACGAAAAGGUCCUGAUCAACCACCAGAAGGCCAAGCACUUCAAGUGCUCGCACUGCAACAAAAAGCUCAACACGGCCGGCGGCAUGCUGGUCCACAUCAACCAGGUCCACAAGGAAACCAUCAAGAGAGUUCCCAAUGCCCUCCCGGGCCGCGACUCGAUCGAUAUUGAGAUUUUCGGUAUGGAGGGCGUCCCCGAAGAAGACCUCCAAGCCCAUAUUGCCCAGAUCGAGGGCACUGGCAGCAAGAAGCAAAAGACUGAGGCUGAGAUUCUUGCCGAGACGCACCAGGCGGCAUAUGCCGGCGCAUGGAGACCGCCCGUUCAGACAGCGGGGCCGAGCGGCCCUGCAAUGCCAGUCCCGGGAAUGCCAGGCAUGCCAGGCGCACCACCCCCUGGCGCCCCGAUCGGUCCUGUUGCUCCUCCAAGGCCGGUGGGCCCGUACGGCGCUGCUGCUCCCAUCGCACCUCCGAACGCUCCCGCAUAUCCCUCGAUGCCCUAUCAAGCGCCUGCCUAUCCUGCAUAUCCCCUGCCGUCCCGUGGGGCGGCUCCGCCUGUCAUGCCCAUGGGGAUGCGUCCGCCUAUGAUGCCGAUGCAGGGACCGCCUCCCAACCUACCCAUGAGUCGCCCGCCGCCCAUGAUGUCCGGACCGCCGCUGCCACGACCCGGAGGACCUCCACCCGGUCCUCCGUCAAGAUACGGCGGUCCGCCUCCAACCAGCAACUGGCCUGCUCGGCCGCCCAUGCCUCAGCAAGGACCUGUCAUUGCUUCGGCAAACUUCCAAAACAAGGAGCCCCAAAUGCCCCGCCCCCCAUUCAAUGCCGGAGGUCUGCCACCGACCGCGCCGCCUACUUCUGGAUUACCUGCUCCGAUGGCACCUCUGAGCUCCAAAUCUGCUCUGGCGCCGACGCAUGAGGCGGCUGGUCCUGCCGUGGGCGGCAAAUCUCAGGCGAUCCACAUUGUCUACGAGGCCAGCAUAUCUGUGGAAGAGCGACGCGCCCAGUAUCCAAAGUAUAAAUUUGUCGAGGACGACUGAAGCCCAUAGUGAGUAACUGGGGUUGGCUGCGGGAUCUGUGUGUGGAAUGUGCUUGGCCAACCUCCUUGCACAAUCACCACAUCCACAUUUGCAAUAUACGCUUGCAACUCGGCCGCCAACGCAAGU